AUGGCAGACUCGGAGAAAUCGGCUGCACAGGCCCCCAUUGAGCCCGCUGAGAUCAAAUUUGUCAUCAAAGAAGAGAUCAAACCCACCAAUGGUGGCGAUGAACAAAAUAACGAGCAUGGUAAGAUGGAGUCGUCAGGGUUAAGAAAAAGAGAUGGCUCUCAUAUUCAAGACAAUGAUCCUGCAGAUGGUCCUUCCAAACGCCAAAAAGGUGUAGCGCCUAUCAAGCAAGAAUUCCUAUUGCAGGCUCCCGGAAACACUCAACAAGCAAAGGAAGGCCCUGAGAAUGACGAUGCCGCUGAAGCCGCUGAUGAUCGCUACAAAAAGGUCGAUGCUCGUGACAACCGUCAGGGCGGUGGCAAAGGCAAGAAGAACAACAAGAAGGACAACAAAAAGAACAAGGGAGGCCAAAACACCAGUCGUACUUUCGGAACGUCACACGACAAGCUGCAGCUGUGCUCAUCCCGUGCGCAGAGUCCGGAAUUUUCUCCCAAGGAGUGCCGAUUUGGUGAAAAGUGCAAAUUUGAACAUGACCUUCGCCGUUACCUGGACGUUGGCCGUCGGGGUGACCUAGACAGCUUCAGCGGGAAAUGUCCCAUCUUUGAAGCCAAAGGCACCUGCCACAUGGGCUGGAAAUGCCGCUUCCACAACAGUCACUCCAAAGAGGUAGACCAUGAAGAUGGGCGCAAAGAAUUAGUUCUCGUCGAAGACAAUGAACGGAUGGCUUCGAAAGAAAGUGUUGAGGUCUCAGAGGAUGCGGAUCAGGAAGUGGGCGUCGUUAAUAUCGUCUCCAGAGAAGACAAACAGAACCUUAACAGAAGGCGAAGAGGGACGCCGCGAUCCGAUGCUUACAUUCAGUGGGUGAAUAGCGUGGCCGACGCUGAGAGAGAGUAUUUUGAUAAACUCAAAUUGCAAAGCUCUGGCGGCGGUGUCAAAGGCGAAGAAACCAGUGAAAAGAAAGAAGGACUCGAAGAAAACCGAGCGCAGUUCGUAGAGCCUCCCUUCCGGCCAUCUGAGAAGCGAAAGAUCUACUAUGGACCCGAAACACCAAUUCUGGCACCACUUACAACCCAGGGCAACAUGCCUUUCCGUCGGCUAUGCGUUGAGCUAGGAGCACAAGUGACUUGGUCUGAGAUGGCGAUGGGACUUCCCCUCAUCCAAGGUGAACGGUCAGAGUGGGCGCUCAUGAAGGCUCACGAAUCUGAGAUUAGGGCACCUCGGUUUGAGGGCAAAGGAACUGUCGUUCAGGGAUACGAUAGCUCCAAAGACCUUAAAUUUGGUGUACAGAUUGCUGCGAACAAGCCCUGGCUUGCAACAAAGACGGUCGAAGUGCUUACUGCAUUGUGCCCACAAAUUCGAGCCAUUGAUCUGAAUUGCGGCUGCCCCAUCAACUUGGUCUGCGAACAGGGAGCUGGCUCAGCCCUACUUGACAGUGGUUCGCGUCUGGAAAGUGUGCUACGAGGCAUGAAUUAUGUGUCUAACGAAGUUCCUAUCACUGUGAAGAUCCGAAUGGGCACAAGAGACAAUCAGCCAACUGCCGAUAAACUCAUCAAGCGCCUCGUUCUCGGCGGUUACGAAGCCAAAGAAUCCGGUAAAGGCGCUGCAGGUGUUGCAGCGAUCACUCUCCAUGGUCGCAGCAAACAGCAACGGUACACAAAGACCGCUGAUUGGAGUUACAUUGCCGAGUGCUCUGCUCUUAUUUCUAGGCUGAAGAAGGAGAAGAGCGAGCAAAUCGACACAAUUAGAGAAGCUGACCCACGGGAUCUUGCGAAUGAAGGUCAUGUGUACUUUGUUGGAAAUGGCGACUGCUAUUCCCACGUGGAUUACAAUGAACAUCUAGAGAAUGCCAAAGUGGACUCCGUCAUGGUAGGCCGUGGCGCUCUCAUCAAGCCAUGGAUAUAUGAGGAGAUCGAGAAAGGGCAAUAUCUCGACAAAUCGGCCAGUGAGCGUUUGAGCUACAUCGAGAAAUUCUCCAAAUACGGCCUCCAGACGUGGGGAUCUGACGAACAGGGCAUUGGUACCACACGACGAUUCUUGCUGGAAUGGUUGAGCUUCGCACACCGAUACGUACCGAUUGGGCUGCUAGAGCACCUUCCACCAAACAUCCAGGACCGUCCUCCUCGGUUUAAAGGCCGCAACGAAUUGGAGACGCUGAUGGCCAGUGAAAAUUACAAGGAUUGGAUCAAAAUCAGUGAGAUGUUCCUCGGUCCGGCAGCGGAGGGAUUCAGGUUUGAGCCAAAGCACAAAUCCAACGCCUACGAGAUGGAAGCCGAGGGCUGAUCAUGCUGAUGGAAUGAUUCUACAACGAUGCAGGAGGAUGUGUAUGCACGUGGGUCAUGACUCUGCAGAUCAAUGGUCGUCCAGGAUCUCGUCUGCAAGAUAGGAGUGGCUUAUCUGCAGCUUUUAUCUUCGUCGAAUGGAACCUUAAUGGCGGAACUCGUCAUAGGCGAGCAAAUAUAGAUUGAGUAAUGGGCUUGCCUGAGUGUCGUGAUAGUCGGCAACCCUACUUCUCCAGACGGAGCAACAUCCACACCGCGAUCUCAAGCUAAUUCAAAAGUAUUGUUAAGCAAGUUCACAAAUGAUCUCCACGAGUCAAUCGCUUGCAAAAAGCAUCCAGGGGCAAUAAACCUUCUUCACGUGGUUCGGGCGCUAGUGAGGGCCACCCAAUUUGUCGGGCCCACACCUCCCGACUACCAUAUCUUCUACUUCGCAUC